AUGGACUCUAAGUGUCCUACCAUUUCUUGCAUGAUAGGAGUCAGCAAGAUUGAGAGGGCUGUAUUGGAUCUUGGAGAGAGUGUGAAUCUCUUGCCCUACUCAGUCUACUUGCAAUUGGGGUUCGGAGAGUUUAAGCGCACAUCGAUGACAUUCCAGUUGGCUAACAGGUCGGUAAAGGUUCCACAGGGAAUAAUUGAGGACGUGUUGAUUAAGGUGGAUAAGUUUUAUUUUCUCGUGGAUUUCAUUGUACUAGACACAGAGUUGAUUCAGAAUAUUGGGAUUCAAAUACCGAUGACUCUAGGGCGACCAUUCUUGGCUACGGUUAACGCCUUGAUAAAUUGUAGGACAGCGGUGAUGAAGAUUUCCUUCGAAAAUAUGACAGCGGAGCAAAAUAUAUUUGAUAUUAGUAAGCAACCACUGGAAUAUGAUAAAGUGAGACAUGUAUGCUUGAUAGAGGAGAUCAUGAAGGAGACUGUUGAAGAAUCAAGCAUAGAGGACCCCUUAGAAGCAUGGCUUGCUCAGUUUGGAGAUGAUUUGGAUUUGGACAAGUUACUUGAGCAGGCAUAUGCGAUUUUGGAGAAUACUCCUUUGGUGAGCAGUGAGAAAAGGGAGGCAAUAGUACCUGAGCUUCCCAAGAAUGAACUUAAGCCUUUACCGGACACUUUUAAGAAUAAGUUCUUCGGUCCAGCAGACUCUUUGCUUGUGAUUAUAGCUUCAGAUUUGGUUGGUGCUCAAGAGGAAAAAUUAUUGGCUAUUUUGAGAGAGUACAAGGAAACUAUCAGCAGGACCAUUGAAGACAUUAAAUGGAUUAGCCAAUAG